ACUUGGCUGCGGCUUACUAUUAGUAUUACCGUUACAAAAUCCAUUGGUGCUUUAACGCAGAAAUCACAUUCAUGUGAUUUCAAGCCGCAGCCGAAACUAAUUAAUUGGACACGCCAUUAAUCAGACAGUGCAGUAAAAUCGAAUAUUUCCUUGUCAGUAUUCAGGAUUUUUACCACCAAAUCACCGCCAAAAUUAAAAAUGACGAAUCUCUUUGGUUUUCAAAUUCUGGUUGUGUGUGCUUUUCUGAUAUUAAGGAUAGAUGGUCAGGUGAAGUCGCAACCUGAACAAGUUCAUCUUUCAGCCACAGGCGAUGUGACAGAAAUGAUUGUCACGUGGAGCACUUUUAAUGACACUCCAUCGGUUGUCCAGUAUGGGAAGGUGCAGCCCAGUAACAAUGCCACAGGAUCCAGCACUAAGUUUGUUGAUGGUGGGUCACUACAUCGUGCACAGUUCAUUCAUCGUGUGAAACUGACUGGACUAGAACCAGGAGCAAAGUAUGUCUAUCGCUGUGGAAGUGACGAGGGCUGGAGCCCUCUGUUUUUCUUCACUGCACUUCGGGAUGGUAGCAACUGGAGCCCUCACUUGGCCCUUUACGGGGACAUGGGCAAUGUGAACCCUCAGUCUCUGGGUCGCUUGCAAGUCGGAGCACAGGGAGGACAGUAUGAUGCCAUCUUGCAUGUCGGGGACUUUGCUUACAACUUCAAUGACGAUGACGGCAAAGUGGGAGAUGAGUUUAUGCGCCAGAUUGAGUCGGUUGCAGCCUACGUGCCUUACAUGACGACAGUUGGUAACCAUGAAUAUGCUUAUAAUUUUUCCCACUACAAGAAUCGAUUCACCAUGCCAUCCUAUGAAGCCAACCAGAAUCUGUGGUAUAGCUGGAAUAUUGGACCAGUUCACUUUGUGAUGUUUUCAACUGAGGUGUAUUUCUUCACAGAAGAUUCCAAGCAGACAAAGGUCAACCAGUUGAAGUGGCUGGAGGAAGAUCUUAAGGAAGCAAAUGAUCCAAAGAACAGAACCCAACACCCUUGGAUCAUAACACUGGGACAUCGGCCGAUGUAUUGCUCAGACCUUGAUGGUGAUGACUGUACCAAAAAGGGCAGCGUUGUUCGAGCAGCUUUGGAGGAUUUAUUCUAUAAGUAUGGUGUUGAUAUGGAGAUCUGGGCUCAUGAACAUAACUAUGAGAGACUGUGGCCAGUCUAUCGUGAAAAGGUUUACAAUGGCAGUACAGAGGCACCGUACACAAAUCCUAAGGCACCUGUGCACAUCAUUACUGGAUCAGCGGGCUGCAAAGAGCAUCACAGCUUCUUCUUUUUCCCCCGGCCAUGGGAUGCUUUUCGUGCCCUUGACUACGGUUUCACAUUGAUGCAUGUGAUCAAUGGAACCCACCUGACCUGGCAGCAAAUCUCAGAUGAUCAGCAAGGAAAAGUGAUCGACGAAGUGCUGCUCAUUAAAGACAAACAUGGCCCGGAAGCCUGGCUGUAAUCUUGGGGAGCAGUUUUGCUGUUUGGUUUGGCUUUUUUGUUCUGUUCGCUGUCUUUUUUGGUUUUUGAGAAUAGACAAAUAUGGAGGCUGGAUGCUGUAUGUUUUUCCAUCUACAUGGAUAACAGCAAUUUGAAUCUUCAAACCCACAGAAUCCUCUUGAUCAAGCAUUUUGUAAUUUCUUAUUGUCAUUUUAUUGACAUUUGAAAGCAUUAGGGAUCACACUGUUUUACAAAUUCCAUCCUUUGCAAUGUAUUUUAUUCCUAUACUUGAAAAAUCUAUCUGAAAUUUGUAUUUUUGACCCAUUGUUUACUGUGAUACCUAUUCAGAAAUAUGCUAUUUGAUAAUAUUGUGCUAAUGAAUAACAUCUUUUGUGAUAUAAAUUGUAAAAAAUAUUAAAUACAGUUGUGCAAAAAAAAUUUGUGUUUGAACGAAGUUUCCAUAGGAAUUAAUUUGAAAUAUACAUUCAUUUUAUGCUGAUUAGUGAAAAGUUUGGAGCUACUCCAGAAGAAUACUUAUAGAAUUUAAAAACCUCCUUACUAAUUUUCUGUUACAUGUUCUUGUACAAAUAUAAAAGCAUUGCAGACUACUGUUUAAAAUUAUUUUGUAAUUCUUUAGAAGACCAGAGUCUCAGUUGGAUGCUGACUGAAAUCUGGGUUAAUAAGGAAAUUUGAUACUUAUGAAAUAGAGACUUGUAUUACUCAGUCAUUAGAAUUAAAAAUGGCUGUGCCAGAUUUUUGCAAUAAUACAAGUGACAAUAGAGUGGAAAUAGUA